AUGGACCACUCGCGUGCAGUGGCUUCCAGCAACGUGGCUCACAAGUCAUGUUCAACAAACCUUUCACAUCGCCUCGUGCUCGUGCCUCAACUCAGCAAACCGGAAGGUGCAAAUACGUCAUUGCAACGCAUUGUCUCUGAUCAAGUACCGACGGGUGGUGGAUCGCGCACUCUUCGGCGAUUCGGCGCACGUACAACAAGGGCUAUCCAGUUGGUGUCUACUUCGCGUUCCUUGGACAAAACUGUUACACCGCUUAAAAAAAUCCGAAACAGGAGUACGAUUGACACUAGCUUGAGUGACAUGCGAGAGGGUCCACGAGCGAAUACUUAUGAAUACUGCGUGGCGUCUCCGUCGAAUCCAUAUGCCCUUUGUAAUGUGCGCUAUGAGGCUGCAAAAGACGAUUUUUAUCUAUCUUCGUCGGUAGGACUGACCCACCGGCAAAGGAACGGUGCGGCAGAGUUCGUAACACGAGAUGAGCACUCACGACAGGCGUGUCUCUAUGUUGCACUAAAGGCAAUACCUUUCUUUCAGCGUUUUCCUAAAUGGCGCUCAUUUGUGGCAUGGCGGAAAAUUACCAAAAUGCGAAAGUUGAGUCGUUGUAAAAGAAGCUUGCAGCAUGAGUUGUUCCUUUUACAUCCGACCCACGGGGACUGUCUGCUCCAAUUGCGGUCGAUUUGUCGCCAGAUUUGGAAUUUCCGCCUGUUCGAGAUCGAGUCACUGGACCCUACUGAUACAUUAACUGAUUUUUGCGAGCGCCAGGGUAGGAAGAGGCUUCAUGUUGAAACACAACUGGCUGAGUAUAUGGCUAUUGUGCAUAAACUUGUCUUGCAGUGCUGCAGGAAGUCGUUAGCUGAUUUCCUUGAAGAUUGUGGCUUUGGCCUGAUUUCCUCGGGCGGCGGUUAUACUCAACGUGCUGCUAUGAGGGCUCACUGCCAGAAACUUGUAAAAUUCAUUCGUCUGGUCGACUUCCAGAUCGCUGAAACAUAUUUGAAAAUCGCAACACUGUCUGUCUCCGAGGUAAUGAAUGCAUGCCUAGACGCGAACCGAGCACUUGAUACAGAAUCCAUAAUCCGUAUGUACCGCGAGGUUUCCGCCAGAGAACGAGCAGCACGCUCUGCGUCAAAACCAAACGUUGCGUUGGCGUCUUCUGUCGCUCUUCGUGUCUUUUCCGAGACAAAAUCCGAACGUGCAGUUGCUAAUGCCGUCUCAACAGCAAUUGUUGGCUCAAUGCCGGCUAGAGACGUCUCAGCAAGGGGGGGUGUAUUACAGUCCAAGAGGGCACCACUCUUUCGCGUCUCUUUAAAGCUCAACUCACUGAGCGAUGUGUUGAUGCCUCGACCAUCUGGGCUGGAACUGCGAGCAAGCAUCGAACGCACAAUUACUGAUGGGAUUGGAAUCCUUGCCCUCCCACCUCGGCUGCUCUGUGACCGAGACUUUUCUGCAUUUGUCACUGCAGCAGACGAAGAAGCGAAUAUUAACAACGGUCUCAGUUUGAGUAAUAUCCUCUCUUUAGACACGAAUUUUCAGAUGAUGCUUGAGUGUACCUUUGCAUGCCUUCAUAACGCCUCAAUGUAUGCAGUUGCAUAUUCUCGUGGCUUUGAUUGUUUUGUAGACUCCCUGAGGGAGCAUGCUCAUUUUCUAAACUGGUCUGAUGGCGCCUCCGGAAGCUCCCAACUUGAAGCCACGCAGAUGAGAAACAAUUUCUCUGGGGAAUUGAAUCAACAGAUGGGACUUUCAGAUGGUCUCACACUGAGCAUUGCUGAACUUGAGGGUCUCUUUGCUCGUUACGUGGCAGAGACUGCUGUGUUUGUAGCACUCCCGGAGGCUCAGUGUGUCGGAGUCAUUCUAGUCGAUUCGUCAGAACUGUGCUCUGCUCUGAGACCUAGCCCACUGCAUUGCCUCGAUAUCACCCGGCUCUUCGGGCCUAAUGUGUAUAACAUGCGGACAAAUGUACUUUUACAGAAGCUCGCGCAGCAGCACGAAGCUUUGACCAUAGCACCCGCAGACGUAAACGAUUACGUAAGGCUGACCCAGACUCUCAAGGUAGCUAAUUCAGUUCUUCCCUCGCUACACGAUGCUUGUGAUGUCCUCGGCAUGCUUCACUCCCUUCUCGUUGCAUACGGCACUCCAGUUCCAGAAACGACAGUCAACUGUACGGUCCGCCAAAGCGUCAAUAAUGCGGAAACUGCAGUUCAAGAGGGCGCACCACAAUUUAUUGAACAUAUCAAUGUUGAAGUCGGGGCACUUCAUGCGCCAACUCAAGCAGCUAGGGCCGAGUGGAGCACAGUGCUCGAACAUGAAUUCCUUGCACACCCGACCCAAGACCCCACCGAUGCACUCGCUCACCUAGAGCAAGUGCGUCGUUACCAGAUGGCGUUGCACCAAGAACUCCUGGAUGCGAGUGAUCUCAUCUUGCUCAUGUGUGCACUAUCCUCGCUAGAGCAACUAUGGCGGGCGGCCGAGAGUUGGCGUUCUCAAACGACAAUUUGGAUGGAGGCACGCUGCGGCGACCUAGACCCAGCUGUGCUAGAAGAUGUUUUGGUAACUCAUAGCUCAGCUUUUCGUACAAGUUUACAUAACCUAAGUGGCAACGAAGCUGCGGUAUCAUACCAUGGCAUGGCAGAAGACUUCCGCCUCGUCAUUGGUCUCAUACGAGAACUAAGGUCACCGUUCCUGAGAAAUCGACAUAGAGAAGCGGUGGAAGACAUCUUGGGUUUCUCGAUAUCUGCCAUUCCGCAAAGGGACGGUGCUGGAGGAGACCUUGCAGAAGCCCCGCCUGGAUUGACCAAACUUGAUGCUGCGCGUCUUUCAGUGACCCUCGGUCAGUUGAUUGAGCGGCACGCUAUCAAGGCGUUGCCCGCAAUCAAAGCAAUAACAACGCGCGCCACUCACGAAGCUAUCCUGUACCAGUCCUUGGACGAAGUCCGCACGACGUGGGCAGGCGCAGAAUUUGUCGUGCUUAACUACAAUGGGCGCAAAGAUGCUCCAACUCUCGCUUGUAUUCAAGUCCUAGUGGACGAUGUUCAAAAAGAUAUGGCUGCACUAGUACAGCUACUUGAGUCUCCCCAUGUGAGCUAUAUUCGAGAGGAACUCGAAGGCUGGCACGCAUCAUUGGUGAAACUUGCAAUGCAGCUUGACGCAUUGACUGAGAUUCAAUCCGGCCUGACACGGUUGACAUUCCAGUUUCGGGUCCCAGAGUCGUCAAGCGUCUCGAGAGUAACCUCCUUUGAUCUUGGAAGCCUAAUUCCUGUUGCUGAGAGGGUUUUGAACGACACAGAACCCUGGUGGAGAGACCUCAUGACUAGCAUUUCGUCGGAGCCGUCUGUACUGCGAGCGGCCUUGUUGCCUGCCAUGAAGCAGCAAGAGCUCGAGAAACAUCGCUCCGGACUGCAUAUGGCGAUGAAUGAAAUUCGCUCGCACUUGCAGAGCCGGCGCGAAGCUUUCCCGCGAUUGUAUCUAUGCGCGGACGAUGCCUUACUGCCUUCCAUAGCACAGACAUCUCUCGGGAAUGCAGCUGCCCUAGCCUCGCCUAUAAUCAGAUCAUGUUUUCCCGCUGUUUCAACCUUCGAGCUUGGCAUUGGCUCAAAAAUCUCCAAGGAUAUACUCAUCACAUCCCCUGAUGGAGGUCACAUAUCAAUUUUGUUCGAUUUUAAGAUGAGAUGUGCCCUGGAGGAGUGGCUACACGCCUUAAACUUGGCCAUGCACCGGGCUGUUGCUAAGGGGUUAAAGCCCUGCCUGCGUUUGGCUCUGAAAUUAGAAACUAUGGGCUCACUGCCUUCUACCACUAAUGAAGUUGAGGAGGAUGCCGAUUCUAAACAAGUUUCCCUGGAGAACUCACCUUUGAGCCAGUUUUGGAUGGACCAACCUAUCCAGUGUAUUGUCAUUGCAGCACAAGUGGUAUGGUGCCGUUCUACUGAAUUUGCACUCAGAUCUAAUGACCACGGUGCUCUAGUUGACGUCACGGUGAAGCGUGAGUCGCAGUGCGCUUCAAUUGUUACCACGCUGCGCGGCGUCUCAAAUAGGACGGCUGUCAUGGCAAUAAGUGCGCUUCUCCUUGCAGCAUCGAACGCUGCAGAAACUGCUCGGGACCUUGCCAAACUUAAGGUCUGCUCAAGCGAGGACUUCCACUGGUCGGCGACUUUACGCUUCGAGCCACGCUAUAGCCCCGCUAGAAUCGCCCAACCCACUGAGGCCAGUUACUCUUCAGGGCCAUCAGCACCAUCAGAAGAGCACGCUCCACGAGCCCACGGGCGCAGCGUCGAACCGACGGAAGAUAUAUUGGACCCCUUGGAAGAUUGUGGAGUUCAUCCAAUUCAAUAUGGAUUGGAGUAUGUUGGCGCUGCUCAUGCUCGAUUGCUGGUGACUCAAGCGAGUGAACGUUGCUGGCUGUCUCUCCUGACUCUAGUCAAUUCUGGCUUCGGAGUGCGCUUGACUGGUAGUGGGGUCAGUACCAAUCGUCAACUGGCGUCUACAGCGGCUUCUUUUGCAGCCAUUAUUGGUGAGCCUUUUUUUUCCGUUGAUUGCACGACGGCCGGCAUGGCAAUGAACAGUGAGACUUCCGAUGUGCUCCCAUGGGCGUGCUCUCAACUGUUGCGAUGUGUCGCACAUACGCACACACACUGGGGCUGCUUUUGUGGUCUAGACACUUUGGGCUGCGAUGCGCUGGUGAUAUUUGAGGCAGCUAUAACUGAAGUCCUUAACAAGUCCCGGUUGACAGAAACAAGCUGUGGUCAUAGAUUUCCCCGCAUCGUUGUAACUACCCUCUGUUCCGAGCAAAUCACACACAACUACUGCUCACAAGAUCUCCACGGUAGUGCCUUUCGAUCUCUCGCUGCUGCUACGCCAGACAUAGCUCGCACUGUUAUACUCCAUUUGAAUGUGCAUGGUAUUGAAAGGGCUGAGCCGUUAGGUCGCCGUAUUGCAUCUUUUUGGACAUGCUUGCCCGGGCUUGUAGUCUCUUCAACCCAGUCAUUAGAUUUGUCUCGAGUAUCACGUGACCACCCUCAUGCCAUCGUCAUUGCAAAACUACGAGCUCAGAUUUUGCGAAUGUUUUCCAGGGUUCUCGAUACUAGUGCCCUCGAUGCCUUGCUCCACGACAUUUUUUCAGAAGCGUACAACGUCCCCACUUUUUGCCCGCAGCAACAGGUGCAGGAAUCACCGUUUGAGGACGACACCAAGACGGUCUGGUCAGCUCUGGCAGCUUUGGCACCACUGCGAUGGAAGUUCGCACCGAGUGGAGACUUUGUUUUCCAGGCCAGGCGCUUACACGAUGCGCUUCUCAAUCGCCAAGACAACAGCAGUAAGACAGCAGGCAUGGUUGGACUCAUCGGUGAUCCUGGAUCAGGCAAGACUACUCUAUCGUUUGCCGCUGCUGCCCUUGCUACUGCUUCACAUGGGGUCGAGGAGGGACCCAAGGGUAUUGCUCGACCACUGUUAUCAAUCGUCGCCACCAAUGCAUUGCCGGUUGAACAUCUUUGGGGUUCGUUUUUGCCUGAUGGAACAUGGAGAGAUGGUGCUGCUAGUGCUAUGAUGCGGGCAGCAUCUAUGGUAUCGGGGCCUCAAAUCAACCUGCCAGUUUCCGACGCUGCAAAAUGUGGGUUCGCAGCUGGUGCUCGCUGGGUUCUCUUUGAUGUCGACGGUACUGAUACUGGGAGCGCAUCGCAGCUUGAAGUGAUCUGUGCGCCGUUGAUCUUCGGCGACCUGUGGACUCACACUGCUGGAGAAUGUAGCAUCGUGAAUAGAUGCAAUACUGUUCAGCUGGCGUCUGGCGAACAUAUACUAUGCGGUCCCCAGAUGCGACUCCUGGUAGAGUGCGGCACACAUACUGGACUAGCCCCGUCAACUUUGGUGUUAUUCAAUCUCUUCCAUGUGGAUGAAACUGUCAUAAGUUGGUACGAGCUGGGAUGUGCCUGGGCAACAAACGCGUGUACAGGGUUUUUUGAAAUCAAAUCGAAGGGGCCUGAUUCCGAUGCAGGCGAGGGUCAAGGUGUCACCUUGCCUAGUCGCGAGUCUAUUGCAGAAGAGCAAAAACUGUUGUCGUCCUUUCGCAGUCGGCUCCUUGACCUGCUUCAGUGUGUUUUUCGUCCGAUGCUCAACGAGCUCAAUGAGAUGAUGUCCCUGGGAAUGCACAUCUCGCCUCCACCCCCCAAGACGGCAGUGCGCUCUCUCGCGAAUCAUUUUGACACGAUUCUGUUGGACAUAAAUCCAAAAGCUCUGAGCCCUAUACUUCUGGCUGCAUCAUCCGCGCUGGAAAAAGGUCCCCGCAGUCACGAAUCGACUGUGGCCUGCCUGAUUGACCCUCUUUUUGUGUUUGCCACAGCAUGGGCACUUGGCAGUUGUGUGGUGGACAAUAUUCCUUUGCGAACGAGACUUGAAGCAGCUCUGCAAGCAUGCAUAAUAGCAGAGGACCUGACCCAGAGCGCCAAGCUUCCAGCAGAAGGAAAAAAUUUGGCAUCUAUUUUCGACUUUUGGCCAGCAAUAGUGCUUAUUGAGCAAACUAAAAAAAGUUUCCCCGGGAAUGAUGCGGAGAGAUUAGUCUCCAAGUCGUUUAGUGCGGAUCAAAUUGGGGGUAUAUCGCCAUCUGAUUUUAGCAUGCUCUUUGCCGAGGAAGCAUCAAGUCUUCAGGUACAGGGUCCGAGCUUGACGAGGGGGCAUCUACCGCCAGGAUUCGAUCUCGCAUUUGCAGGGUCCAUGACGCAUGGCACUGAAGACGAGGUAGUGCCAAUAGCACCUAUCACAGAUGUAAAAGAAGUGGACCCCCCAAGAGGCACCCCCACAAUAGAUGAGAACUACUUCAAACAAAGCAUUGUGAAGGUCCGUUGGACUCAUUGGCCAAGCACACUCUCAACUCAAAGCAGUAUUGGGCUCGUAGACCCAUCUCACAUUUUAGUUGGUUCAUCAGCGCAAUUCCGGGCCUCUAAGUUGCUCAACUCCGCUUCUUGUGGAUCCCAGCGCAUCGGGGCUCUUCUAUUGGGCCCUCAUAAAACAACAAUAGCUAAAUUCGCUUUACUGGGAAACCCAAAGCCAGGAUCGACGCAUCAUCAAUGCCUGUGA